AUGAUGCUCUCCACAUUCUUCCUGGCCCUCUUGCCCCUCGUGGCCGCCCAGACAAGGUCUUCAAAACGCGGCCUUGUCUUCACUCCCAAUGCCAACUGGCCCGAGGACAACAAAAUCUGGGUUCAGACCGGUUCUGACCUAACCUGGUACUACAACUACCAGGAGAUUCCCAGCCCGGCCUACUCUUCCAAGCCACAGUCCGAGUUCGAGUUCGUGCCCAUGAUGUGGGGUGUCUCGUCCAACCCAGAAGACACUACCUUUUUGAAAGCCGUAAAGGGUCUGAUUCAGGACAAGAAAAUCAACAUUACCCAUGUUCUAGGCUUCAACGAGCCCGAUGGUCCGACACAGUACGGCGGUAGCGAUAUUGCACCUGCCAUUGCCGCCAAGGCCUGGGUUGCCAACUUCAUUCCUUUAGGAGAGAUGGGUAUCAAGCUCGGUCUGCCCGCUUGCACUGGUGCUCCUGGUGGUCUGCCGUGGUUGCACCAGUUCUUGGGCAACUGUUCCCAGCUGAUUAGUAAGGAUGGAGAGAAGAAGAACUGCACUUAUGACUUCCUUCCCGUGCAUUGGUACGACAACUUUGGCGGUCUGGCCAGCCAUAUUGGCGAACGUAGAGCCAACUUUCCGGACGCCAAGAUUUGGGUUACUGAAUACGCCUAUGCCCACCAGGAACUCGCAGCCACCCAGGAGUACUACACGAUGAGCGCCGAGUACUUUGACCGUAUCGAUUACAUUGAACGCUACACUUACUUUGGUGCUUUCCGCUCCAAGACGAGCAACGUCGGUCCCAACGCAUCAUUCCUCAACAAUGACGGCAAGCUGACAGACAUUGGUUCCUGGUACCUGGGUUUCAGCAGCACCGGAGUGAAACCCCAGUCCGGUAAUAUGAGCGCUGGUGUGCGGGAGAAAGCGCCACUUCUUGUUGCAAUGACAGCAACUGUCGUUUCUGCAGCUAUUGCUCUUGGCUUUUAA